CACUCGCGCCGGCCGCCGCCGUGCAGGCAGUAGCCGCGUCAGGGCCAUCCCGGGGCACCGCCGGCCGUGCCCGCAGCCCCCGCCGCGCCCCGCUGGGUCUGCUGAGCCGCCCCCGGGCUGGGGCCGCGCCGGGCCGGGCCGCUCCCGGGCGGGGCCGCGCUGCCUGCAUGACCCACCGGCGGCGCGGGGAGAAGGCGACCAUCAGCAUCCAGGAGCAUAUGGCCAUCGACGUGUGCCCCGGCCCCAUCCGGCCCAUCAAGCAGAUCUCCGACUACUUCCCCCGCUUCCCGCGGGGCCUGCCCCCGGCAACCGGGCCCCGCGCCGCUGCUCCCCCGGAGGCCCCCGCACGCCCGGCCGCGGCCAGUGCGGGCCGCCGCAGUCCCUCCGACGGCGCCCGCGACGACGACGAGGAUGUCGACCAGCUCUUUGGAGCCUAUGGCGCCAGCCCAGGCCCCAGCCCCGGCCCCAGCCCGUCCCGGCCGCCCGCCAAGCCGCCCGAGGACGAACCGGAUGCCGACGGCUACGAGUCCGACGACUGCACCGCCCUGGGCACACUGGACUUCAGCCUGCUCUAUGACCAGGAGAACAAUGCCCUCCACUGCACCAUCAGCAAGGCCAAGGGCCUGAAGCCGAUGGACCACAAUGGGCUGGCGGACCCCUACGUCAAGCUGCACCUGCUGCCAGGAGCCAGUAAGGCAAAUAAGCUCAGAACAAAAACUCUCCGUAACACCCUGAACCCAACGUGGAAUGAGACCCUCACUUACUACGGAAUCACGGACGAAGACAUGAUCCGCAAGACCCUGCGGAUCUCCGUCUGCGAUGAGGACAAAUUCCGGCACAACGAGUUCAUCGGGGAGACACGGGUGCCCCUGAAGAAGCUGAAGCCCAACCACACCAAGACCUUCAGCAUCUGCCUGGAGAAGCAGCUGCCGGUGGACAAGACAGAGGACAAGUCCCUGGAGGAGCGUGGCCGGAUCCUCAUCUCCCUGAAGUACAGCUCGCAGAAGCAGGGGCUGCUGGUGGGCAUCGUGCGGUGUGCUCACCUGGCUGCCAUGGAUGCCAACGGCUACUCGGACCCCUACGUGAAAACGUACCUGAAGCCAGAUGUGGACAAGAAAUCCAAACAUAAGACAGCAGUAAAGAAGAAAACACUGAACCCCGAGUUCAACGAGGAGUUCUGUUACGAGAUCAAGCAUGGGGACCUGGCCAAGAAGACACUGGAGGUCACCGUUUGGGACUAUGACAUUGGAAAAUCCAACGAUUUCAUUGGCGGCGUGGUUCUGGGCAUCAGCGCCAAGGGCGAGUGUCUGAAGCACUGGUUCGACUGCCUGAAGAACAGGGACAAGCGCAUCGAGCGCUGGCACACGCUGACCAACGCACUGCCGGGGGCCGUGCUCAGCGACUGACCGGCCCCGCCCGCCACCGCACCCGCCCCUGCCUGCCACCCGGGCCCAGCAUGGGCCUGGACCUGGGCUUCCCCAGCUGCCAGCGAGGGCCACGGCCCCCACGUUGGGGGAGCCCCAGGAGCCUGCUCAGACACAGAGCCACUGCAGCCUGGCUAGGAGGCCGUGGAGGGCCUGCCCUCCGUGGGACAGGGGCGCGCAGAGAGCUGGACCUGCUCUCCGUCCCCGGGUGCUUUCCAGCACCCAGCCAGGGGGAGGGGUGGGCCACCCAGGGGGGCUGGGACCCUUCUAGGGGUCAGCAGUCAGUCACAGGGGAGGGCCUGGCUGAGAGAACAGGAGAACAAGGGUGCCUUGGAGGGUCAGUGAGCGUGGGUUGGGGGAGGACAGGACUCAGGAGAAGGUUUAUUCCCAGAUCUAGCCAAAAGGAGGUCAUGACCACCUCCAGCUGAUCUUUGGCAUUCCUGGGUGGGUGGGAAAAAGUUGUCCUGAGAGCCAGGAGUCUGGGAAAGUUCCAGGAGGCUCCCAAUGAACAUGAGCAAACUAGAAGCACUUCACUUAUUCUGCAAACACCUAGGGGUGAGUGAGACACAGGGCCUGUCCCCAGGCAAUUGGAAACAACCUGUUACAUUAGGGAUGAGAAAUGCCAAGAGCAGCCUGGCCAGCCUGCAAGUGCUGUAGGCACUGUUGACUCUGCUGGGAAGGCAGGGAAGGCUUCCUGGAGGAGGUGAUGUGUCUACAAGGUCUUGAAACGUGAGUAGGGGCUUCCAGGAAGACAGAGGAGAAGAACAGGCCAGGCCUUGGGGACAGUCUAUAAAGGCUUGGAGGGGAGAGACGGUAACUGGGCCAAGGGAACUGUGCAGACCCAGGGGGAAAGGCUUUAUUAGGACAGGAAAGGGGUCCAGGUCAGUGACAACUAACCAGCCCUGCCACCGACCCCUGGCUGCCAGGCCAGUCCUGACUCAUGGUGGGCCGUGGAGGAAGUGAUGGGAGCAUCUCAGAGAAAGUGAUGUUGGAGCAGCCUCAAGUUCAGUCUGCAGACCCUCCUUUGCUCUUUCUCUCCUGAGGGGCCUCGAGAAUGGACCCUGCCCCCCAUUCCUCUGGCAGAAGUGUCAGGUCAGCUGCAAUAGAGAAGAGGGUCCCUUAUGCAUGACACAAGCAAAAAUUCCUCAUCCUCACCCUCCUCUCUGCCUCCCCUUCCCCUUUAUCUCCCCUCCUCAAACCUUGCCUGGGCCCUUCUGGUUCAUAGCUGGGUACUGUGGGCCCCACUCCGUUACCUGUGGCAUCCUGGCCCUGCUUGACCACCGAUGUCCCUCUCGGUGGCACUUCAGGUUCCUCUUUCUGGGAAGUCCUGUGGGGCUGAGAGAGAGGGGCACCCUGCCCGGUGGGCCUGUCUGCAUCCCCAAGUCAGGGUCACCAGGCAAGUGGUGAGGGCAUGUGUAUCUUAGGCCUCAGACCUGGAGCCCCCAAACCCUUUCCUGCCUGCCAAGGGGCCUUCAGGAACACAUGCAGAGCCAAGUAAUUUCAGAGCUGCAGAGCUCUGUGUUCACCCCCUCACUGCACUGAUGGGGAAACCGAGGCCCAGAGAGGGAAGGUGUCCUAGCACGGGGGGGGGGGCAGGAUCUAGGGCCCUGCCCCACCCCCAGCCAUGAGCUCUGGACACUACACUCUGGCGGAGGGGGUGGGGGGCACUGGGCUCACCCGAGGCUCCUAGGAGCCUCUUGCCUGGGGCUCGCCCCUGCCAGCUGCCCGCCCAUGCCAACACCAGUAGCAGGGCUCGCAGGGGCCUGAAGAUUGGCUCUUUUGCUGCAGACACAAAGCACCUCACCCUCUGAGGCCUGGGGUGAUGCUUCAAAUCCCAUUAAGUGCCCAUCAGCCCUUUCCCACCUUGCAGGGAAAACAGGACUCCAGCCCCCACACAGGACCUGGCCACCCUUGUUGCACAUAAAGCCUCAGUUUCCCCAUCUUUAAGAAAGCUAUGCAUUAUGUUAAGGGUUUCACAUGCAUUGGCUUGACGAAUCUUCACAACCCUCUGAGGUGGGUUUCUUGUGCCCCUUUCACAGAUGAGGAAACUGAGGUUCAGAAACGCUGAGCACUGUGCCAAGGUCACAGAGCUGAGAAGGGGCGAAUGAGGCAUCAACCCCAGGUUGGUCCUCUGCCACAUCCUGAUUGGGGAUCAGGACUCCCCUGUCCUCCUGCUCCUGGGCUGUUGGGGCUCAGCAGAGAUAACUCAGGUGAAGGCUCAGUAAGCUCUGCUGCCUGGGGGGUACAUGGGGCCUUGUCACUGUUCUGCCUCCCAUCCUCUACCUGGCUUUGAAACCAUCAGUGCCACUUAGGGCUCCCCCGGGGUGCCUGCAGCCUUGCGGCCUAGAGUGGGAGGCGGCCUAUUGUUGAGCACCCCCUGGCCGGGGUGUGCUGGGUGUCUAAUUUCGGGGGGCUCAUUCAGAGAGGAGCCGUGACACCCUCUCUGAAGAGGUGGGGAUGCUGAAUGGCAACGCUAGAAGGGGCCACCAGCCCCAGCUAGUCUGACUUCCUUACUGGACACGUGGAGAAACUGAGGCCCCGCGGGUGGAAGGGGCCACAGCUGGGACAAGAACCCAGGACUCCCGGCACCCAGGCCAGGGCCUUCCACUGCCCUGGGCUGUGCAAAGGUGCACCGUCCUGAAAGACGGUGGAAGCGGGUCACAGGGGCAGCAGGGCAGGGAGGUGGGGCUCUGGCUAGUCAGCCCAGGUGGAGGGUGGGGUACCUGGGCAGGACGCCCCCCAGGGAAGGGCCUAGCACCGUUCUAGGCCCGUUUUAUCUCUGUUAAAGAAAAAAGUCCGUGCUUUGAGCAGCUGUAGAAUCGGCUCCGCCUCUGACCCCAAACUAGCAUCCUGGUGGCUCAUCAGCACCACAAAGACGGGAAAUCUGAUGUCCCAAAAAAACCUCCCCUCCAAAGUCAGCUGUCAGUCACCAGGAGGUCGCCGGGCGCGAGCCGUCCACCUUCCUCUCCACUCGCGCCCCGCCCAUCGCCACCACUAGCCAAUCCCCGACGGGCCCAUCUUCCAACCCUGGAGCGGUGACCUCCUGACCUCUAGUGGCCGGAGCAGGAAUUGCUACUCCCGGGCUGUGCAUGCCCUGCCCUUUGUCCCUUCUGGAACCGCGUGAACCUCCCGAUGCAUGGACUCUGGCUGUGGUCGACGCAGACUCGUGCACUGCUUAACACCGUUUUGCUACCACGUGACGGCUGCAGAAACCGUCCUCAAAUUGCAGCCCCACAACACAAUUUUGUACUUUCGUCUGACCUACCUGGAGGUGUCCUUUUUAAGUCUUAUUUGUUAAUAUUUAUAAUUACAUAUAAUCCAAAGUAAAUGGAAAUGUCAAUGCGAUCA